CUGGAAACAUUUUAGGUCAGGUUGGAUGAGGCCCUGAACCACUUGUUAUAGUAGAAGAUGUUCCUGCUCAUUGCAGGAGCCUUGAACCAGGUGAUCUUUAAAGGUGCCUUCCAACAUAAACCAUUCCAUGAUCCUACAGACUGCUGACCCAGGUACAACAAAAAUAAAUGAUAAAUGUGCCUUUCUGUGGGACUAAAGGCCUAGAGAACACUUGGACAGCUUAAGAGGAGUCGUCUUAAGAGAGAGGAUCAGAGCCAUUUGUCAGGCUGCAGCCUCAGAGGAAACAUAUCCUGCAAGAGGGUGUUUGAAGGAGAGGCUUCCUCACAUUCCAGGGGAUGGGUGUGUAAUAGAUUCUCUCGUAAUUAAAAUUUCUGUUCUCUCCAGAGCAUUAUUUCUAAGUAAUGAUUUUAUUUCAUUAAAGAAUAUUAAGCUUAAAGUUAUUAUCAUAGGUCCUAAGGAGAACAGGAUCAAGUGUCAUACAAAGCUUUGUCUGCAACAAGGACCUUUAUCACAGCCUGGUUUGAAAGAAAAACAAAAUGAAGGAACUAGUGUCAAACAGUACAACCAGUAUUUCUCAAGCCAGGAAAGCUGUGGAGCAACUGAAAAUGGAAGCAUACAUGGAUAGAAUAAAGGUAUCCAAGGCUGCAGCAGAUUUAUUGGCAUAUUGUGAUGCACACAUUGGAGAAGAUCCCCUUAUUAUUCCUGUACCUGCAUCUGAAAAUCCCUUUAGGGAGAAGAAACUCUUUUGUACUAUUCUUUGAGUCAGUUUUCAAUUAAAAAUGUCAUCUGCUAAAACUUGGUAUCAGUCUUGCAUGCUUUUAGCAUUAUUUUCUUCAGAUGUCAAUACUUACCCCAUAACUACAAUAUUUUUGGAAGGUAGUACAAUUUCUGCUAAAAAAAAAACCCUAAAAUAAAAAAAAUAACCCUAAAAAAUUCAAGGUAAUGCUUAUCUUUCAGAGAAAUGUACAAGUUUAAUUUCAGUUCUUCAUAAAUAUUCUUUUGGUCUUAAUGAAAUUAUUGAGUACAGUAUCAAAUUGUAGAUAUCUUUGCCAGUCAUAGAUUUUUCUGGGACCUAAAUGAGUCAUACCAAUCCUUGAAGCUAUUUUUAACAUUCUUAUUUUCUUUGGAAGGUGAAUUCAAUUCAUUUGCCUUUACAAAUUUCUAUCUAAAGAGAGUUAUGUGACCUUUUUCUAAAGUAGCACUAUUUAGGAAAAAGUCCCAGUGAUAUACAAUGUUUGGAAUGAUCGGUCUUAUACAGUAAGUGGUGUGUAUAAAUAUGUUUUCUGAAGACUGUAAGAAACUUGACUACAAAACCAGUCCUAGUAAAGUGCCAUUGUAGCUACAAGCAGAAUGAAGAUGUACAGUCACACACCAGGAUUGCAUCAAUAAAAUUGUAGAAAAAUGUG